AUGGAGAACCAUAUUACACUACCAUCAUCCUCAGUGAUACCAGACAAUGAUCCAUCAUUACUAUUUACGAAUAGUGGAAUGGUUCAGUUCAAGAAUAUUUUUCUAGGAGAAAAGCCAAGACACACAAGGGUCAAUACAAGCCAAUAUUGUAUCAGAGCGGGUGGAAAGCAUAAUGAUCUAGAAGAUGUUGGCAAGGACAACUAUCACCACACAUGUUUUGAGAUGCUGGGAAAUUGGUCAUUUGGAGAUUAUUUCAAGGAAGAGGCUAUCAAGUAUGCCUAUGAAUUUCUAAUUGAUGAGUUAAAGCUCAAUAAGGAGAACUAG